GGUAUAUUUUAGAGAGCGUUUGUAUUAUUUCAAAAGUCCAAGUAGGGUCACACCUUUUUGUUGUUCUUGGUUCUGGAUUUUUUCUGUUUGCGGCGACGGCGGCGCGUUUGAAGUGUAAUUUUCAAGUGCAACAAUUUGUUUACAUUACGCCCCACUAUUUGUAUACACAGAACGAACGCAGGGCAGUGAACCAGUGAGCUCGAAUCGCUCGGAAAACCAAGAUGUCGGGCACCAUACUGGAGAACCUAAGUGGCCGCAAGCUGUCCAUAUUGGUGGCCAGUUUGCUGUUGUGCCAGGUGCUCUGCUUCUUGCUAGGCGGUCUAUACGCUCCCCUGCCCGCUGGUCAUGUCACCGUCCUGGGAUCUUUAUGUCGCGAGGAUCACACGCGCCAGAACGACACCGGAUUCUUACUAUACUCACGCGGCGUUGGAGCCUGUAUCCCAGUGACCCGAGAGGAAGUGGAACGGGACUCCAUGAAGAUGGCCAACGAGUUGGUGCACGUCUUCCAAAUGCCUCUGCCACGUGAUCUUCGCGACCUGGACUACUCCCGCUGGCAGCAGAACCUGAUUGGGGUGCUACAGGUGGAAUUUGGGUAUGACUCGUCAUCGGAACUGCGUGAACCUCCCAGGGAAUUGCAGCUGACCAUCGAUAUGCGCCUCGCGUACCGAAACAAGGGAGAUCCCGACAACGGCUGGAAAUUGUAUGCCCACGGAGUAGAGCACCGGUACCUGGACUGCGUCACCUCACAUGUGGGACCCUCGGAAACCCUCUACUCCUGCGACAUGAUCCCCCUGUUCGAACUUGGCGCCCUGCACCACAGCUUCUAUCUGCUGAAUUUGCGCUUCCCGCUAGACACACCACGCCAGAUGAACCUGCAGUUCGGGCACAUGCACGAUCUCACGCUGACGGCCAUCCAUCAGAACGGAGGAUUCACCCAGAUCUGGCUGCUGCUGAAGACGGUGCUCUUUCCCUUCGUGGUGGGCAUUAUGAUCUGGUUCUGGCGACGGGUGCACCUGUUGCAGCGCUCGCCGGCCCUGCUGGAGUACAUGCUGAUCUACCUGGGUGCCGCUCUGACCUUCCUCAACCUGCCGCUGGAGUACUUGUCGCUGGUCUUCGAGAUGCCGUAUAUGCUGCUGCUGAGUGACAUCCGUCAGGGAAUCUUUUACGCUAUGUUGCUCUCGUUUUGGCUGGUCUUUGCCGGUGAGCACAUGCUCAUCCAGGAUUCCCCGAAUAAGUCGACGAUUCGUUCGCGCUACUGGAAACAUCUUUCGGCUGUCGUGGUGGGCUGCAUCUCGUUGUUCGUAUUUGAUAUUUGCGAGAGGGGCGUGCAGCUGCGCAAUCCCUUCUACUCCAUCUGGACCACUCCACUGGGCGCAAAGGUGGCCAUGACCUUCAUUGUGCUGGCCGGCGUUUCGGCAGCCAUUUACUUCCUCUUUCUGUGCUACAUGAUCUGGAAGGUGUUCAGGAACAUUGGCGACAAGCGCACCUCGCUGCCAUCCAUGUCCCAGGCGCGGCGACUCCACUACGAAGUUGUCACAGUUCGUGAUGCCCCCUUGGUCAAUAAAAUACGGUUAUGGUGGAAAUGUUCAAAUGGUUUCUUAUACUCAAUGUAUAUAGAUCGUAUAAAUGGCAAAGGACUUAUCUACCGCUUCAAAUUCCUGAUGCUGGCCACUCUUGUGUGUGCUGCUCUGACUGUCGCCGGAUUCAUAAUGGGACAAAUGGCCGAGGGUCAAUGGGACUGGAACGACAGUGUGGAGAUUCAGCUAACAUCCGCCUUCCUGACCGGCGUAUACGGAAUGUGGAACAUCUACAUCUUCGCCCUGCUCAUCCUGUACGCCCCCAGCCACAAGCAAUGGCCGACAAUGCACCAGAGCGACGAGACCACACAGUCAAACGAGAAUAUUGUUGCCUCGGCGGCCAGCGAGGAGAUCGAGUUCAGCCACUUGCCAUCGGACUCCAAUCCCAGCGAGAUCUCUUCGCUCACCUCGUUCACCCGCAAGGCGGCCUUCGACUAAGAGGAGGAGGAUCGAUUGAAAUCAAUUGAAUUCAAUGGGUUGUGUGCCAAACAGAGACCACAAAUUGGCCCCUGCAGCCGUACCGCUCCAAGUGUGUGCUCAUUUAAUUACCAUAGUCAGUAGCAUUUCUUGCCUAGUUUUGCAUUCUGUGCAUUCGACAACGCGAUCAGCAUUAUUACUUACCAUUAACGUAGAGAUUGACUAGUUUCUCUUAGCACGCUCAAAGUGUUUACGAUUUUAUCAUCUGUAUUUUUAUGUAUGCCUCGGCAGUAUUAUCUAUUGAUGUCCAUUUUGUCUAGCUUGUAAGUUUUACAUAUUUAUCAAAAACAUUUUAUACAUGUAUUUACACAUUAAGGUGGUCCGAUUUAAAUUAUAUGACCCAAUAGUCCAUACACAACUAAUGCGGUUAUUUAUCUUUUUUUAAUACCACACUUUUAUAAUUAUCUGUAGGACUCGGCCCCGAUUUUUAAUCUAAACUGUAGAGCAAUUUCUCACUCAAGUAGCAAUGCAUCGAAUAAAAAGCAAUAUUGAAAAUGCCAA